AUGUCUUCCUCAAUUAUGACUUCCAUAGCCUCAGAUGAUAAUUCGGCGGCUCUUCCAAGCUUACAAGACCUCUCCGGAGCUUCAUGGACACCACUCUUCAACCAAGACUGCUCCUUUCCUCCCGAGAUCUUCAGAAGCGUUUUGCUGAAUCUAAUCAAGAACCCCAAUAUCAACACGAAUCGUCUCUUCCGAGCUGAUAUAUUUCUCGAUGUUUCAUACGAUGCAAACACAACCGAGUAUCAAACGGAGAUUCCACCGAGGCUCACACACUUCACUAAUUUCCAACUAAAGACUAUUAUAGUCCGGAAGAUGAUACCAAGAAAUCCAGUUGUUGAUAAGCCAUUAGAUCAAACCUGUCUGUUCCACGAAUGUAAUGAUGAGCAGGGCAAUAUCAAUUCUCUCGUCACAUAUCUUCCACAUAUUUCGUCUGCGGACGAGUCGCCAUUUUAUCAUCCAGCUGUACAUGGAAUAGGAUUCUUGCACCAGUUCAAUACAAAUUCGAAAGAGGGAUCAAAUUCAAUUUUCUAUUCUUUCUUCCCAGCGGAACCAAGAUCACCAAAGUUGGAGAGAACUGCUCAACAUUUACUAGCAGUAAUUUACAAACAUGGCACAGGCUGUGCAGCUGGCUAUUCAAAGAGAGUUCAGCACGAUGUCAUUAUUCCGCAAAUCAGAGCACAGAACACAUAUUCGCGGCUGAAGAUCAAAUAUGGAAGAAGUUUGUGUGAGAAAUGGGUAGAAGCAACGGAUCCAACCAAACAUGUCUUCGAGGAUCUUGCAAUAGCUGCAUUUCUCAUUGAGCUUUGGGCAGACCUUUAUACGGAGAGUUCUUUCCCUGGUUUUGUUGAUAUUGGAUGCGGAAAUGGUUUGCUGGUUCACAUACUGGUUGAAGAAGGAUACUCAGGAUGGGGCUUCGAUGCAAGAAGAAGAAAAUCAUGGUCAUCAUGGUCACAAAAAGCACAAGAAAAUCUGAAAGAAAUGGUUUUGAUUCCGUCUAUCCUAAGGAAAGCUCCGAACACAGAUGGGAUGAGUCAAGUUCUAAGAUCUGAUACCCAUACAGAAGUUGGGAUAGAAGUUGGAAUACAUGAUGGCCGAUUCCCUAAAGGAACAUUCAUAAUUUCUAACCACGCUGACGAGUUGACCCCUUGGACUCCUAUACUGGCAAAUAUGUCAGAGUCUCCAUUCAUGAUGAUUCCUUGUUGUAGUCAUAGGCUUAAUGGCUCUCGGUUUCGUGCUCCUCAUCCUAAGGGUGCGCCGGCUUCAACUUCUCAAUAUGCUGCUUUGGUGGUGUGGAUUUCCAAAAUUUCUGAGGACUGUGGGUGGGUUGUUGAGAAGGAGAUGCUGAGAAUUCCGAGUACGAGAAAUGCAGCGGUGAUUGGAAGAUCGAGAAAGAUUGCCUUUGGGUAUGUUGAGGUUGAGGAUGUUGUUACGAAUUAUGGUGGUGCUGCUGGAUGGGAAGAAAAUUCGCUGAAGUUGUUGAAAGGGGCCACCAGAGGACAUUGA